AUGCCCUCCGUCAAAAGAUGGCUGAUGAGGACCGUGAAGCUGCAGUCUGCAAGCUUGGCCGACAAGUCGUACGUCAUGAACGCCAAGGUGGUUGGCUUUCUAAUGAUCAAUUUCCACGAGUACAGACGGUUGCUGGGAAAUGCACGUGUUGAAUGCAUCGCCCUCGGGAUUGUCUCGCCGGGCAAACACCCAUCCGAAGUCGUCUACCAGGUUGGCAGGCUGUACUACGAGUGCCUCCUCGGAGCGUUUCGAAGCUCAAAAGGCCCUAUUCCCCGCCCUUACGACUACUCAUCUCGCCGAGUUUUUGACACUCAAGAUUUGGUUAGUUCUUGCCUGGAUAUGUAUGCAAAUGACUAUGAAACGGCGAAGGAGCAGGCUUCAGUUCGUGAUGGGUUUCGUUGCAUGGUGUCAAAGUACUUCAACGCGUCAUCCUUCUACCACAGUCCCCAUCUCAAGCGUACGGUUCUGGUGUCGAAAAUGUCCGAAGCGUCGGCGGAAGACAACAAUCUGUACGAUCCGGCCCAACGACAGAGGGGGCAGCAUGCGACAAGCGUAUUGACCAUCUUGAAUUCGCUUGGAAUCGCGGGCCUUGUCUCCAAGUUUUACGCGUGCGGCACGACUCACGACCUUUCCAACGUUCUGACAUUGCGGUGCGAGUUGUAUCAAAAAUUUGAUGGGCUGGAGUUCUAG